AAAAUAUUACUUUCAUCUGCCAAAAAUUUCAAAUUUCUACAAUUUAGCACUAGAACUCAAAUAUCAAUAUAAAAGAAAUAAAUAAAUAAUUCUGGGUCUUUAUCAUGACGCUUCAACUAAACGCGGAAUCGCCACAAUAUGGCGAAAAUAUCGUGAAAAUAUUGAAGGAUACCAACGGCGGUGAUCCCGAAGUCACCAAGAGCACAAUUACACAAAUCUUUACGCAAAUUAAACGUUUCCAGGAGAGCAUACGCAAAAAUAUCGACGACAACUAUGUUGACUUCAUGCCCAAUCAAACGACUGUUGACGCGUUCCUCCACGAAGGUGAGCAAUUAGUGCGCGAGUCUGAGUAUUUGCUGCAGACAAUUAGCUCUGAGGCAAGCGAAUCGCUACGCCAAGCCAAUUCGGAACUGGCCGCCUGUAUUGAUGAGUUCCGUGAAAUGUCAUUAGGUUUACGCGUCUCCUAUCGCAUACUUAAAGUGGAUGAUCUUUUUCAAUGCAUUAAAGAGGCAAAUUCGCAUAAAGAGUAUUUGGUUGUGCUCGACCACUUGGGUAAAUUGAAAAGUUUAAUAUCCUGUGAUAGUGGCAGUGAUGUAGAUCGUGUAUUGCAAAAAUGCAAUUGCUACGACACCAUAAAUGUGAAAUAUCUAAUGCAAGCUAAAAUUUUGGAACAAAAUCUGCAACAGCGAUUCGAGGAACUUGUGCAAUUCACCGAAAAAUCAUUCUCGCAAUCAAAAUGUGUAACGCUGCAAGUAUCAACAGAUGUAAAUCAGUUGCAGGACACAGUAAUGGCACUAUUUCAGGCCCGUUAUAAUCCAAUCAAAAUGUGCGACUUUCUACUGGAAAACUGUUUCGUGCCAAUUAUUUUGAAGCCCGUUUUACUGGAAUAUUGUGAGGAGAGCCCUGAUUAUGUACAACUAAGACUUUCCUAUUCACUCAAAGAAAUUAGUAAAAGUUUGCGACCCUCUUACAAUAAAGUAUUUGAGAAUAUCAAGUUGGUUUUGACUUGUUUAAGCAACAUCAACGUUUCAGUAUCCAAUGAUCAGCAAGUAUUCUCCAUUAUUGGUGAACACAUAAAGCAACGCUUUUUGAAUUUACUUGUGGAUGAAUGCCUAAAGUAUGCAAUACCGAAAAAUAUGAAUGAAUAUGAAGAGUGUACGCUGGUUGAGGACGUCAUACAAUUUGAACACUUUUUAGCGGAUGUGUUCUUAAUCAAUGCCGAAACUGAUCGCACUUUAAGUGAUUUUACUGAAAAAUUCGAAACAUAUUUCCGUGAGGAAUUUAAUAAUAAUCUAUUGAAAAGUGCAAUUGAUAUAAUGCGUAAGGAUUUGCAAGAUAUGGCUUUGAUAGCUGAGAAGAAUUCUGCAGAUGAUGUAUCGAUGAAUCCAUUUCUUUUUCCCUGUUGCAUGGUAUCGAAGAGCACACUGGAACUCAUUAAGCUAAUGGAACGUAUACUACGCCAAUCGCAUGAAGCAAAGGACGAGAGUCUAAUUAAUGUAAUCGUGGUUAUACUUAAUUCGUAUUUGAGCGAAGUACCCAAUAUACACGGAAAGUUGAUGAACAGCAUACCACAGCAAUCUGCUUUGUUUUACAAUAAUUGUCAAUUUCUGGCUCAUUGGGUUACCACAAAUUCCGACAAAGACAUACCCACGUACCCGGCGCUGGUGAAAACGCUACAGAUGACUGGUUGUAAAUACUUGAAUUUACAAAUCAGCUAUCAACAAAAAAUUAUAAUGGGCAUUCUUAAGGAAUUCGAUAUCUCAGAUGCCCACACAGUUGGCACAGCGCCGCUGAAGUUACUACGCCAGUGCUUGCGACAAUUAGAUUUGUUGAAAAAUGUCUGGCUGAACGUGCUCCCUGACGCCAUGUACAAUAAGACAUUUUGCGAUAUUUUACAUGAUUUUUGUAAUGAAAUCAUACGGCGUAUACUUGCAAUGGAGGAUAUAUCCGCAACAGUUGCAAGUGAGCUGAGUGAAUUGAUUGGUGUCAUAUUGGAAAAAGUGCCAACAUUAUUUAAGUCCAAACAUGAAGUCAUACAUAUUAAGUCGUGGAUGAAACUUGAACAAUUGAAAAUGUUACUCAACGCAUCGUUGCAAGAAAUCACCGAGCAUUGGUGCGAAGGUGCAGGCAUACUAACCGUUAAUUAUAAAGCCGAAGAAAUUAAACAUAUCAUACGUGCACUAUUCCAAAACACAGACCGACGCGCCAAGGCCUUAACCAAAAUUGUCUGAACUGUACUUUACCGCUUUGUACACAAUGGUAGAAUAUGGCAUAUUUUUUUAUAUUUUACGUUUGGCAUAAAAUUCUUAAAAUAAACUACAUGUAGUUGAUAUACAUAUACACAUGAA